UGUGAUGAUUUCACAACAUAUAAAAGGAGAAGACCAAUUUUUUUUUUACAAUCGAAUACGACUUAGGCUGUUUCUCGGGACAUCGCAGCUCUCCUCUCGUUUCUUUCAUUGCUUUUUUUACGGGGUUUAGGGAUUUAAUAGUCUUUGGAGAAAUCUCGAAACUUUGAUUGGCUUGGGUGGCCGAAUCUCGAACCGAUGUUGAGUAGGUUGUCGAGGCGUUGCUACUGCACUUCUGUUCAUCGACCAUGGCUGUUUCUAGGAUUGGGUAACCCCGGAGACAAAUACAAAGGGACAAGACACAAUAUUGGCUUCGAGAUGAUUGAUACUUUUGCUGAGUCAGUUGGGAUUCAGAUGAACCUGGUCAAUUUCAAGGCUAUAAUGGGACAAGGUUUCGUGGACGAUCUCCCUGUUAUCCUGGCAAAGCCGCAAACUUACAUGAACCUGAGCGGUGAAUCAAGUGGCCCUCUCGCGGCUUAUUACAAGUUACCUCUCAAUCGUGUGCUUGUGGUGCAUGAUGACAUGCAAUUGCCAUGUGGUGUUCUUCGCCUUCAAGAAAAAGGAGGCCAUGGAUGCCACAACGGGUUAAAAAGUGUAAUGAACCAUUUUCGAGGCAACAGGGAAUUUGCAAGGCUACGAAUCGGAAUCGGAAAGCCUCCGGGACAAAUGGAUCCAAAGGCUUUCUUGUUGCAGAAGUUCAGCAUGGCAGCUCGAGAACGGAUGGAUGGAGCUUUAGCAGAAGGGGUGGAUGCUCUGAAGCUGGUUUUGUCUAAAGACUUUGGAGAAAGCUGGAGAUUGUUCAAUGUGGAACAGAAGUACAAACACUUGAGACAACAUACAAUAAUUGCAGCUUGACCAAAUGCUCUUGUCAUGUAUAGAUUUAUGAUCUUGUGCUUGCCCCUUGUACAAUUUUUUUUUCAAAUAGUCUUUUCAGAUUUCAGAUUUU